AUGGCGUCUAUAGUCACAAAACCAGCCUCACCAGUUUCUUGUGCUAAUCACAAUCUGAAACUGAAAUGGCAGAUCACAGAUUUCUCUUUAUAUUGGGAUUUAGAGAAAAUAGAUUGGUUCCAAGAGUGGCCCGAUUCCUAUGUGAAGCAUAUUUAUAGUUCUGCAGACAAAAAUGCACGAAGACACCUAAGUGGUUGGGCAAUGAGAAACACCAACAAUCAUAACACACGCAUCUUAAAGAAGUCCUGUCUUGGUGUCCUCGUCUGUAGCAAUGAUUGUACAACAGCAGAUGGCAGAAAAACUUACCUAAGGCCUGCUAUAUGUGACAAAGCAAGGCAAAAGCAGCAAAGUAAACUAUGCCCAAAUUGUAAAGGCUCACUGAAACUAGUGUCGUGCCGUGGCCAUGGUGGAUUUCCAGUUACCAACUUCUGGAGGCAUGAAGGACCAUUCAUAUACUUUCAGACAAAAGGUGUUCAUGACCAUCCAAAACCAGAAACCAAACUAGAGUCAGAUGGCAGAAAGCCCGCACACAAAAAGCGCACAUCUGUUGUAUCAACAGCCUCAGAGCUUAAAAGAAACAAGAGUAUAACGAACCCUCUCUCAGGAGCAAUAAGCAACGAAAACCUACCAGGCAUAGGGCUAAGUCAGCACAGCUACCCUCCCGUCCUUCACUUAAAUGAUAUGGAAAUGGAUAAACGCUUGCUAAAAAACUAUGUUACUGAAAAUUUAAAUGAUUUGGACCGGAGCAAAAAUCUUCGAAGUGGCAGUUUCAAUGAGAGUGAAGAGUACAAUGACGGAGAUUGGCUUGCUUCUACGGAUUUUGAUCUACAAAGUGAUGAAGAUCAGCAGGCAGGAAACACAAAUCCACAAUUCGACUAUAUGGAAUCACUUGAAAAUCUCUCCUGGUUAAUGUCACCUAUACAUAACUGCCAGUACCCAAAUACAGAGUCUUCAUUACUUUUCAAUUCUGAUUGUGUUGUCAACAUGAAUUUAAGUGUAGAUGAUGAUUUACCCUCUUUCUACAACCACAAUCAAGAGGAGUCCUACCUGUACAAAUACUGUAGUUCUCAACUAUCUCCACCUUUAUAGAGCUGUAAUUAUGAAGGUGCUUCAUAUUAAAAAAAGGAAAUCAUAGACUGUUAUAUGGAAACCAAUGCAAAAGUUAUUAAAGGGAAUCUGGAACCAGCAACAUCCCUAUCCCAGUUGUUUGCAUAGACACAUAACUGUGGGUCACUUGAUUAACUCCUUCGGGACUGGGCCAUUUUCCAUUUCUUCAUUUUUUAUUUUUUUUUACUCGCUGCAUUCCCAGAGCCAUAACUUUUUUAUUUUUCCAUUCACAUAGCAAUUUGAGGGACUAGUUGUACUUUCAAAUGGAACCAUUUACAGUUGCACUUGAUGAUUUACAAA